GACAUGGCCGAGAGCUGGCUGCGCCUCUCGGGCGCAGGGGCGGCGGAGGAGGCGGGGCCGGAGGGCGGCCUGGAGGAGCCCGACGCCCUGGAUGACAGCCUGACCAGCCUGCAGUGGCUGCAGGAGUUCUCCAUUCUCAACGCCAAGGCGCCCACCCUGCCCCCGGGGGGCACCGACCCCCACGGCUACCACCAGGUGCCGGGCUCGGCAGCGCCGGGGUCCCCCCUGGCGGCGGACCCCGCCUGCCUGGGGCAGCCGCACACGCCGGGCAAGCCCACGUCCUCGUGCACGUCGCCCUCGGGGCUGCAGGCCCCGCCCCCCGACGACGUGGACUACACCACCAACCCGAGCGUGAAGCCGCCCUACUCGUACGCCACGCUCAUCUGCAUGGCCAUGCAGGCCAGCAAGGCCACCAAGAUCACCCUGUCGGCCAUCUACAAGUGGAUCACAGACAACUUUUGCUACUUCCGCCAUGCUGAUCCCACCUGGCAGAAUUCCAUCCGCCACAACCUGUCCCUGAACAAGUGCUUCAUCAAAGUGCCCCGGGAGAAGGACGAGCCGGGCAAGGGCGGCUUCUGGCGCAUCGACCCCCAGUACGCCGAGCGCCUGCUGAGCGGGGCCUUCAAGAAGCGGCGGCUGACCCCGGUGCACAUCCACCCGGCCUUCGCCCGCCAGGCCGAGCCGAAGCCCGGCCCCGCGCCGUGGGCCGGGCCGCUGGCCGUCAACACCGAGGCCCAGCAGCUGCUGCGGGAGUUCGAGGAGGCCACCGGGGAGGGGGGCUGGGGCGCGGGCGAGGGCAGGCUCGGGCACAAGCGCAAACAGCCGCUGCCCAAGCGGGUGGCCAAGGCCCCCCGGCCCCCCAGCACCCUGCUGCUGACCCAGGAGGAGCAGGGCGAGCUGGAGCCCCUCAAAGGCAACUUUGACUGGGAGGCGGUCUUCGACGCGGGCGCCCUGGGGGGGGAGCUGGGCGCGCUGGAGGCCCUGGAGCUGAGCCCCCCGCUGAGCCCCGCCUCGCACGGGGACGUGGACCUCACUGUCCACGGCCACCACAUCGACUGCCCCGCGACGUGGGGGCCCGCGGGGGAGCAGGCUGCCGACAGCCUGGACUUCGACGAGACCUUCCUGGCCACGUCCUUCCUGCAGCACCCCUGGGACGAGGGCGGCCGCGGCUGCCUGCCCCCGGAGCCCCUCUUCGAGGCCGGGGACGCCACCCUCGCUGCCGACCUGCAAGACUGGGCCAGUGUGGGCGCCUUCUUGUAAGAGGCCUGGCCCCGCCCCCACCUGCGGACAGCGUCCGAGUCAGGGCCCAGACUGCCCCCCAACACAGGCCCAGGGAACCCUGCUGCCCAGACAGGGGCUGGGCCACGUCUCCCGAGCUGGCGCCACGGGGCCACACAUCCCCCAGCCUGGGCUGCCCUCGGAUUCCAGCCCCGGAGGCUGAGAACUGGGGCUCAGGACCCGUGAAUCGCUGCCUCCCCGCCCGGGCCCCACACACAGUGUUUCAUUGCCCCCCGCCUGCCCUGCCCCAGGGACCAGUUACACAGCCCUGCGCUGCGAGCGCCGUGGCCUGAGGGGCCCUGGCCAGGCUGGGGAGCCAGAGGACAGGGCCCACCCAGGGCACCUCGGCUUCAAAAGGUUCUCCUUCCUCUAUUCCCCCACCCCACCCCCCCUGCCCAGGUCUCUAUCCAGAGAAAAUUCCCAGGUACUGCAAAUGCUAAUUAGGUGACUGCAGAUUAACCCUCUGGAGGCCUCUCCAGGCAAAGCCUCCCAGGGGCUGGGCGGGCAGUGGAUGGGGCGGAGCCGGGAGGGGGCAGAGAGAGGAGAGAGGUGAGGUCCGGCGCCCACAGGGCAGGGAGACUUCCUAAGGCCUCCUGGCCCAUCUCCACGGGGGGCAGGGGCGAGGUUGGAAAUCCCUCAUUUUUGAGCCUGACUGGAGGCUGACAGUAGUGAGGA